GCCAAACGCUCUCUCUCACUCAGCACUGUGAAAGUGCCAUGGAAGCAGAAGAACAAUUUGAACUUCCUCAUCAAUCUCACGGUCUCUCUUCUCUCUCUUAGGGUUUCAAUUCGAUUCGGAAUGUUUAGCUCAUCAAGAAAAUUCUCCGGUUCAAGGCAUGGAACGAGUGGUGGCUACGGUGAGCGGCUACCAUGGCUCCGAGCGAUUCAAUCUCAUCAAGCUGAUUUCACAGGCUGGCGGCAAUUACGUUGGUGCUAUGUCGAAAUCUAUAACUCAUCUGGUGUGUUGGAAAUUUGAAGGAAAGAAAUAUGAUAUUGCGCUGAAGUUUAGAAUACAUGUAGUUAACCACCGAUGGGUUGAGGACUGCAUAAAGGAAGGAAGGCGUGUUCCAGAAGAUUCUUAUACCUUGCAAAGUGGACAUGAAGUAGGGCCAUUGCUACUGGAAGUUCCCCUUGUUCGAGCCAGUAGCCUGACAAAGAAAAAAUUGGUCGGUGACAAGUUACAUGCUACUGGGUCUGAAAGGAAAAAUUCCGACUUCAGUUCUGGAGCCUCUGGAACUUAUGUUUUGGAAGAUUCUUGUUUAAUGAAAAAGCAUGAGGAGUCAAGUUCAUAUUCAUCUAGACUGUCAAGGAGGGGAAAAAGGCAUAUUUGCAAUGGUAAGGAAAACACUACUGUGGCUAGACCUUCUCGUAAAGGAAGAAGACUUGCGAGUGAUCUUGUUGACAAAGUAGUGUUGGGUCCUUCGAUUUUGGAUUUAACCACAGAUGACCACCUUUUUAGAAUGGAUAGCCAACAAACUGAUGCCGAAGCUACCUCUAGCCUUUCUGUUGGUGUCAAUAAUAACAUUAUUCUACAAAAUAGUGAAGGACCUAACGCAGGAUUAAGUAAUCAAAGUAGAACUAUCAUUGGUGGUUCAAAUGAUAUUGAACAGAUCAAAGAUUCAAGUCAUAUAUCUAAACCUAGAAAUUCAACUUCAUUUAUUGAAGAUCCCCUACCUGUGCCACAAACAUCAAUUGAUUUAUGUUCCAGUGAUGAUGAAAAGUUCACAGAUGGUGAUCAGGCUGAUAAUGUUGCUGGUUUACCUACUUCAACAGAGAUGUCAUGUGUAAUAUGUCUCACAGAAUUCAGCUCAACACGGGGGAUUCUGCCAUGUGGACAUCGAUUUUGUUUUCCAUGCAUCCAGAAUUGGGCUGAUCAUACGACUUCAAUGAGAAAAACAUCAACAUGCCCUUUGUGCAAGGCAAGUUUUAUGAUGAUUAAGAAAGUUGAGCAUGCAGCCACCGCUGAUCAAAAAAUAUACUCCCAGACAAUCCCAUGUGACAAUUCAGCCUCAGUUAUUUUUAUCCCCGUGGAUCAAAAUUUACCAGAUAAUAUCUUUGAGUCUGCACAGUCAAAUGCUUGUGUAGUUUGCCGUGGUCGGGAACCAGAGGAUCUCCUUGAGAGUUGCGAUGUUUGCCACAUUCGAAAGAUCCAUUCCUAUUGCAUGGACCCUCCUCUACGGCCAUGGAUAUGCACUCACUGCAAGGAACUUCGGAUGCAUUAUCGUAGUAAUCACUUGUAUUAGUGUACAUCUCUUAUCCAAUGCAACUCUUUGGAGUCCCUAGUAUGUCCCCAUUCAUUGUGAUUUUGGGGAGCUUCUCAUGCUGCGCAAAUCUUAAAGCGAAACUGUAGUCAGUUGCAUUCUUAAUUCUCAUCAAUAAAACUAAGAAAAUGUUGAGGUUUUGAUUGGGAAACAAAGCCUUGCUAAGUUAACAUGUGGCAUUAUCUUGGACAAUUUUAUUAUAAGUAUGGCGUAAUGGUAAAACUGUGCCUUUGUGAUUAGUUGAUUGUGGAUUUAAACUUGGAAAUAGCCUCUUUGCAUAUGAAGGGUAUAAUAACUCAUACUUUUA